GCCGGAUGGAAGGAGAGGCGAGGAGGCAGCGACACAAAGAGGGAGGGACAGAUGGAAAAUAGGCUGCAAACAAAUGAAGAGAGGCUGAACUGAGACACACCUGGAGUCAAGCAAAAGCUCCCGGCGGCAGGGCAGACAGAAAACAGCCAGGCAAGGCUCUGCGUCCACUGAAGAAGAAACUUUGUAACUUGCCAGAAAAUGUUUCACACCAAAAUGGAGCAGCGUGAGAAAAGGAGAAAUUCCUGACAAGAGAAGAAAAGCUGUUUUUCUAAAACACCAAAAGGAGACUGAGCACAGAGACGAGGACGGAAGGAAAGAAGCUGCACAGAAGGGACACGACACUGCAGCAGUUUUUCUCCCUGCGUCUCCACCAUGGCCUCGCUGGGGAUGCAGAUGCUGGCCAGCGCCCUGUGCCUCGCCGGGUGGGCGGGGGUCCUCAUCAGCUGCCUGUUGCCCAUGUGGAGGGUCACGGCCUUCGUGGGCAGCACCAUCGUCACCUCGCAGACCAUCUGGGAGGGCAUCUGGAUGACCUGCGUGGUCCAGAGCACGGGCCAGAUGCAGUGCAAGCCCUACGAGUCCCUCCUUGCCCUCAGCGCCGACCUGCAGGCCGCCAGGGCUCUCACCGUUCUUGCGAUCGCCACUGGUGGCAUGGGUCUCAUUCUGGCGUUUGUCGGUGGAAAGUGCACCCGCUUUUUGGAUGAGGAAGGAGGCGGGGCAAAGAGCAGAGUGGCUAUAGCGGCGGGGGCAGUGCUGAUCGUCGCAGGGGUGCUGUGCCUGAUUCCCUCGUCCUGGGUGGCCGGGGCAGUGGUCAGGAAGUUCUACAGCGCGUCCAUAGACGCUCAGCGGCGGGAGAUCGGAGCCUGCCUCUACAUCGGCUGGGGGGCGUCCAUCCUGCUCAUCCUGGGAGGGGGUUUGUUCAUCCACUCGUCGUGUCCCCUCAAAGCCCACGACAAAGACAAGAGCCCCUCCGUCCGCUACCUGGUGGUCCGCUCCUCUAACGGCUCAACCCAGAUGGGUUCUCACCGCAGCCAGGUACCGUCUGCAAGGGCGCCGCCCGUCACAGCGAUGCCCCCCAGGUCUCACAGCCACGACGGAUCCACCUCCAAGUACGCACGGCCUCCUCUGGAGGAUGGACCCGAGCAUUACUCAGAGAGAUCAUGGGCAUCUUCGUCAAAAUCACAAAUGAAAAGACAAGACUCUUUCCGCUCUGACCCCAGCGAGGCGUUAUCCACAAAGUCUCAGCUGAAACGAGCAGAAAUGGAAGACAACUCAUCACACAACAGCUAUAAUGAAGAUGUAUCCUCCAAUCCAGCAAGAACAUACCUAUAAUACGAUACAAACACAUGAGUAUGAUGCAUGAAGUUAUGUUUAUUAUGUUUACACACAGUUUACUGUAAGAGGUGAAAGAAGAAAUGCUGGUUUGUUUUUGUGAAUAUUUACUGUUGAAUAGCAGCUCAGAUAUAGCCAUGCUUUACUAUGCUUUGUUUUUAAAGUACAGACAGAAAUCACUCUCAUGUUUACUGGACAUGUGACUUGCUGGAGUGGAUGUCUUCUUUUGUGGAGCGUGUUGUGAACCAUCAUUACAUUAAGAUGCACUAAAUACCGAAUCCGUCGCCAUGAAGAAUUUUACCUCAAACCUUUUAGCUUUGUGUUUAUGCCAGACUUUCAAUCAUUGUGAGUGGAAAAGUAGCUUCAUCAUUUAAAAGCAUUGCAGUUUAACCUUGUCAAUAAAAGCACUAACGUGUUGAAUGUAUAAAAUCUGACAGUGCUGUUCUAACAGGGACGUUUGUGAAGACUCUGCUUGUUAUCACUGUGAAUUACCUUUGAUUUGUUUUUAAUUGGACAAAUGUUCAUACACUUUCCAAUAAAUGAUUUUUUAAUUUCAA